AUGAAACCCUCCAUUCUCCGCACUCCCGCCGCCGCGCCGUUUGCUGUGUUCGCACCGCAGGAUACUGUCAUCCUGAUACUGGAUAUUCUGUACCGCGACCGCGACUACGCCCGGUUCUUCGUGCUCGAGACCAUCGCCAGGGUGCCCUUUUUCGCAUUUAUAUCGGUGCUUCACUUGUACGAGACCUUUGGGUGGUCGACAAGAGCUGAUAACAUCAAAGUGCACUUUGCUGAAAGCAUGAAUGAGUUCCAUCACCUCUUAAUCAUGGAGGCAUUGGGUGGCAACUCUGUAUGGAUUGAUCGCUUUCUUGCACGGUUUAGUGUGAGUGUACAUAUUAAUUCUACUCAUGAAGUAGAUGUUUCUUUUUUUGUUACUGUGUUUUUGUGAUGGUAAAGCUGCUCUAAACUCGGAUAUCUAUGUGCAGACCACUUUUCAGAAUGUGUUGAGAGGCAUGCAUACUCAACUUAUGACAAGUUCCUUAAGCUCAAUGGAGAGGAGUUGAAAAAACUACGAGCUCCAGAGGUGGCUGUAAACUAUUACAUGAAUGAGGAUCUCUACAUGUUUGAUGAGUUUCAAACAUCAAGAGCUCCAAAUUCUAGGAGGCCUAAAGUUGAUAACUUGUAUGAUGUAUUCGUGAAUGUACGGGAUGAUGAGGCGGAGCAUUGCAAGACAAUGAAGGCCUGUCAAACGCAUGAAACCCUCCGUUCUCCUCACGCCGUGCAGAGCUCAAUAGAAGCUGAUGCAGAAUGAUUCUGCCAAGAAGUCCCUUGGAAAUGAAGAUUGACCGGUUGUACGUACCUCCGUGCUAGAGCAUCGUAGAGUAUCAUACUAAAUUUUGGUGAUAUAUUGUAUUCCAUCCUUUUUCUCCUUUCUCUUCGUAUGUAGACAUUAGCCAGACUUCCGUACUUGUGUAUCUUACAUAGAGAAUAUAGGUUUAUAAAUGCGUCACAGAUUUACAAUGAGAUGUGCACCGUUGGUCAGGCAUUACCGCGGGCCAUGAACGGUGUAAUCCAGCUGCGUUGUGGUUUGUGUAACAUCAAGGGUUUUGAUGCUUGUUGAAGGAAAAGUCUUGAUGUUUUCCUGAUUCAGUUUUUGCUGUUGAA